GCCGCAGCCCAGCCCUGUCCAGGUAAGCUGCAGCGACUGUGGUGCUGAGAGGGAAGCCCCUCCCCACAACACUGACUGUCACUGCAGGUUCCUCAUUCCUGGCAGCAAAUAUACAGGUUUUCAAACAAGAAUCUUUCCCAGUCCCUUUCUUCAACCUUUAGAAUGGACAAAAAUCUCAAUAUUCUGGCAGGUGUAUUAAUUUUGGAAGUUUGAAGUAAAGCUAAAACAAAAACAAUUUUUUUCCCUUCCAAUAGCACCUUAGAGACCAACUAAGUUUUCUUUGGUAUGAGCUUUUGUGUGCAUGCACACUUCUUCAGAUCAGAUCAAGCUGGUUGUUUUCUUCUUUUCAUUUUAUUACAUCGUGGAUUUUUCUGAAAAGAAAUUAAUUUAUCUUAAAGGUUUCUUUCCCUGUAUUGUGUGCAUUCUUUUGUGUGUGAGAGUUUUACAUUUGGUUAUACAUCUGUCUUUGAGUUUAGCCUCAAUCUUUUAAAGGAAACUGUUUUAAGCAAUUUACCAGUUCUGAACAGAUAGAAUUGACUUGCCACUUUGAAGAGGGGAAGCCUAUAGUGGAAAGUCAAGCGGAAGACCUAUAUAUAGCCAUUGGUUGUAACGGUGUUGGUUUGGUGGUUGUGAUUGCUUCUCUAAACAAUUUCCUGGCUAGUUGAUUGUGGCAUAUGGAACCUUUAGCACACAGAUGACACUGUGCUGCUGCUGAUCAGUAUCUGAGUGAUUAAUGCUUAUUCAUUUUAAUUUUUUCUGGAUGCUCCCAAAUGAAUUAUCUGUGAAAGGUAAUGGGCCAUCAUGGUAAAAUGAAACUCCAGUAGUCUUCAUUCACAACCAUAGUUUAGCACUACAUGGAUGAGAUUCCACAUUCCCCCUACAUAGGAACAUAGGUAGCUGCCAUGUACCAAGUCAGAACCAUUCUAACUUAGAAUUGUCUACACUGACUGGCAGCAGAUCUUUAUGGUUUCCAGUGGGACAUUCCCAGCCCUACCUGGAGAAGACUUAUACUGAGUUUAGUUUUGCUUUCAAAUAAAAUUGGCUUAGUGUUAGGGAUUGCAGUUUACAACAUGGGUUAUGAAUAUGGCCUGUUUGUUGUACUCAGGAUUGCUUGCUACUGUGGGUCUAAAGGUAUUUACUAACAAUAUCAUUCAUAAUGGAUAGUUGCAAGGAAAAAAAAACUAUUGGUCAUGCCAUGAUAAAAAGAUGGAUUCCUGGAGGCUGCAGUAGGGGAAAAAAGAGGAGGACAGAACCUCAGAACGGAUGAAACAAACUCUGAUUCUUAGGCUAGGAUGCUUCUCUUUCUCUUUCUCUUUUUAAUAUGCUGGGAUUUGUGUUUUUUAUUGAAGCAUUCUUUCUUCUCCCACCUCCAGUAUCCUGAAGUGAUGCAGUCCCAACCAGGAGGGCUAGACUGCAUGCUUCUGUAAAAAAAAUAGAUUUGUCUGCCUCAAAGUAUCCUAUGAAUGAAUAUUCCAAGGGGCUGCAGGGAUGUGCCUGAUUUUUUCAAACAUAUUUUAUCCUGAGGGUCUUGGUGGUUCAUUUCAGUUUCAUUGAAAUUGGCAGAACUUAGUGCAUGCUCUUAAAAAGUUGCCUAUAAAUUUACUGAUGCAAUCACGGUCUCUUUAAUACUUCCAGGGCUAAAUCGGGAUUGGAGCUGUCAGGACAAAAUAUCUUAUGAUGCCUAAAAGGAAAGAGAAGGAAAUGCAAAGUGAUGCAUUAAGAAAACAUUGACGUUUUUUCAGAUUCAAUGGCCGACUUAAAUGGUUGUCAAGACUCCUGACACAGACAUUUUUCUGGGCAUCAUGGAUUUUCAGGAAUAUAGCCUGCAAAGCAGUCUCAAAAAGUAGCACCUGCCCUCUAAUCUUUUAUUAUCUUCACUGGUUGUAAAAAUGGCCAGCAAAAGGAAAUCCACAACGCCUUGCAUGAUACCACCAAAAACACUGGCACUGCAGGAGUCACAACCAGACUCUGUUGGAGUUGAUCAUGAAGGAUCUCAACAGUCUGUAACUCCUGCAACUCUGCCUAUUAGUGACACUGUUGUUCACAAUAAUCACAAAAAUGGGCUGUUGUCCAAUGGACAUAGUGGUAUCUUAGAUGGUGAUACUUACAGAUGUAUGUAUUGCAAUUUUGGCUCUCGAGACAUUAAUGAGUUCCUUGGUCACCUUGAUUCUGAGCACAUAGACUUUAGCAAAGGCCCGUCCUUUGUGUGUGUGCAGUGCAGUUUCCUGGUCAAGAGUCACAAAGAGCUUUCUUGCCACAACGCAGAGUGCCACAUUGGGGAAACUGGCUUAAUCUGGAAUGUCGUGAAACAAGGCAAGCACGUGAUUGUGGAGCAAACUAUUGGAGAUACCAGCAGCAGCAGCCAGGACCUUCUGGGGGACCUCCCUGAGGAAGGUCAAGACAGCCAAGCUGAAAUUAUCAUUACCAAAACACCCAUUAUGAAGAUAAUGAAAACGAAACCAGAAGUGAAAAAAAUCCACACACUGAAAGAAAACGUAUCUAGUAAACCAGUCAAGGAUCUGGAGAAAAAAGUUGGCGAGCAGCCAUUCACCAAUGGACCGGUGCCAGUGAACCAAUCAUCAACAGGAACAGUUAAACCAACACAUGUUGUCAAUGGCUCAAUAAUAGGAAAUGUACCUGUUUUGCAGGCAGGCAUCACUCAAUUUGUGCAGCUGCAGCAGCAGCAGCAGCAACAGCAGCAGCAGCAGCAACAACAACAACAACAACUUCACCAGCAGCUACCCACAUCAAAAUCCCUUCCCAAGGUUAUGAUUCCCCUGAGCAGUAUCCCAACAUACAAUGCAACAAUGGACUCUAAUAGCUUUCUGAAAAACUCUUUCCAUAAGUUCCCUUACCCUACCAAAGCUGAGCUUUGCUAUUUGACUGUUGUGACCAAGUACCCAGAAGAACAGCUGAAGAUUUGGUUUACCGCCCAGAGGUUAAAGCAGGGUAUCAGUUGGUCACCGGAGGAGAUAGAAGAUGCACGGAAGAAAAUGUUUAACACUGUGAUUCAGUCCAUACCCCAGUCCACCAUUACAGUGUUAAAUACACCCCUAGUUGCAAGCCCCGGUAGUGUUCAGCAUCUCAUUCAGGCCAGUUUACCUGGCCAUUCUGUUGGGAAACCCGAAGGAGCAGGUGGUGUAUUGGUUACGCAACCAAUAAUAUCAAAUGGACUUCAAGGGACAACCUCAUCUCUUGCAAUAGCAGCCACAUCCAUUCCAAAGACUCAGAUAGCAAAGCCGCCAGCCACUGUGUCCGUUUCUAGCACUUCGUCCCCUGUGAAAGUGGUGAGUGCUGCUCCAUCGCAGCUCACUGCUUGCCCAACUAUAACUUCACAGGCAUUCUUGGAUCCCAGUAUAUAUAAAAAUAAGAAGUCUUACGAGCAGCUCUCUGCAUUGAAAGACAGUUUCUGUAAAAACCAGUUUCCUGGACAUGGUGAAGUGGAGCGGCUUACAAAAAUCACAGGCCUUAGUACAAGGGAAGUUCGAAAAUGGUUUAGUGAUAGGAGGUACCAUUGCAGGAACAUAAGAGGUGGCAAAGCUAUACAUGCUGGAGAUAACACAAUAAUAAUAGAUUCUGUGCCUGAAAUUACCUUCACCUCUUCUCCCAAAGCAACCCCAGAAUUAAUUUCCACGUUGGCAGCAACACCUGCUGUUCACACCCCAGCCCGUCGGCAAUCCUGGCAUCAGACACCCGAUUUCUCCGCUACAAAAUAUAAAGAGAGGGCUCCUGAGCAGCUCAGAGCAUUGGAAAGUAGUUUUGCACAAAAUCCCUCUCCUCCAGAGGAGGAAGUGGACCGCCUGAGGAGUGAAACCAAAAUGACGAGGAGAGAGAUUGACAGCUGGUUCUCAGAGCGGAGGAAACGGCAGGUGAUCAAAGACGCACAGCAACAGGGGGACGAUGACGCCGAAGACGACUCUGGAGAAGAUGAGGGCUCCUCGGACGACUUGAAAGCUUCCAGUGAAAAUGGCUCAUUGGAUGCAGCCACCAGCUCUCAAACGCCAGGAGAGCGCAAAGUAACCCCUAUAAAAAUCAACCUUAAGAACUUUAAGGUGACUGAGUCAAAUGGUAAAAGUGAGGUGCUAGGCUUGAGUGAAGAUGUCCAAAGAGAGAAGCCCCAGAAGCCCAAGCUAAGUUCUAAAAAGACUGCUCAGCAGAGACAUUUGCUCAAGCAGCUCUUUGUGCAGACCCAGCGACCGACAAAUGAACAAUAUGACCAAAUAUGUUCUCAUACAGGACUUCCCAGGACUGAGGUGAUUCGAUGGUUUGGAGAUAGUCGCUAUGGUUUAAAAAAUGGAAAUUUGAGGUGGUAUGAGAACUAUAAGCAUGGUAUCUUUCCUAAAGAUCUAUCGACCUCCAGUGAGGCCAGCAGGGUAGUCCUGCAGGACUAUUUCCAAAAGAACAAGGUGCUUUGUGAAGAUGACCUCCCAGGUCUGUGUGAAAGAACUCAGAUGACCACUCAACAGAUCAGGCUGUGGUUUGCCGAAAGGCUAGAUGAAGAAAACAGGGGAGUGUCAGACACAGGCAGUGAAGAUCAGUCCUCAAGUGUUGGUGAGCCAGCCGGCAGUAAAAAAGGGACAGUUGAUGCCUUUUCUGAGGUUUCUGAGAACAGUGAAUCCUGGGAGCCUGGAGGUCAAGACGGAAGCUCUGAGCUUGGAGAUCCGGAGAGUCAUCUGCCUGCAGUUCACUUUGAAAUGGAGUGAACCAGCCCUGCCUCCUCUGAAGGAUCUGCUGCUAACUUUGUGAAGACUCAGCAGCUGUGGGCCUCAUUCUGAAUCUCUGAAGGUCCUGAGGAAACACUGCCAUAAUGCCAAGAUCAUACUUUUGUAAAGCACAUUGGGGAGUUAAGCAAGAGGGAACUGAUUACUCAAGAAGACCUUAUUUUUGUGUGUGGGAAGGGGCUCAUUUUUGUAUGUUUAGUUUUAGACUAGCAGUCUGCUGCCUCAUCAAGCAUAGGAGCAGAACCGCCACAGUGGCAAAAAUUUCCCCUCUCUCAAAUAGAUUCUCCGGUUUUGUUUUCCAGUGGACGAUUUCUUUCAAACUUCCUAUUGGUAUGGAAACGGUUUUUCUUAUAUUACCGAGUGGCCUGCAAACAGGAUCAUGAAUCUGGGGCAUUGUGUUAAACGUUAUUGUUUCGUAGAACUGGACUAUCAUUGGCAUAAUACAUUCAUAAUCUUUCAGUGUUUGUUCUCUGAAGGCUGAAUCAUUGCAUAUACAGAAAGAGACAGACAUCCUUUCACCAUUGAAUCUCUAGGUAUGGAAAUAAAAGCUGCAACUGGCACCCACUCACCAGGGAGCAAGUCCCAUUGAACUCUAUGGAACUUCUGAGUUGACAUAGGGUUGUGCUGCUAAUCAUGUGUGUGGUUUAGAGACAGCUCUGGUGAGCAUUAUUCCUAGUUUUUGUGCACAAAACCAGGAUAAUAAGAAUAUGGCAGAUUACAGCCAUUCUAAUUGGGCAUCCCAUUUGGCAUGUGUUGCUGCAUGCCAGUAGGGUGGAAAUCUUGGAGGGGGGGGGGGAGAGACAACGACAACAACGAUGACCCCAAACUCUGGCAUCUGUCAUUCAUUCAUCUUUUAAUGACAAACAAUGUGAGACUUUUCUGCAGCAGAAUCUAUUACAGUACUUGAAUUAAUCUGCAAGUAUAUGAAUCAAUGCACUUUUAAAACACAUCUUAAUCCAGAUCCCUUGUUUAAAGUAAGCAAACUUAAUUUUUUUUAUUAAGAAGACUAUAAGAGGGGGAGAAAUGGCCAUGAAAGCAUUUAGUAGGCAAUCGUCACAUUUUGCAUACCCCUCCCCUACCUCUGUGUUUGGACCAGAAUUGUGCUUUAUCCCAUACCUUAUUUCAGAGGGAUGAUCUGUUGGAAACUUUUGCCAUUUCUCCCAGACUUCCUAGCCAUUUAUGAGCUGCUGCUUUCUUUUCUUUCUUUCUUUUGGUUAGGCAGCUUUGCGCUAUCUUAAUUGCACAUACAAAGUUAUAGUAGGUGUGCUUCUCCCGCUACCUACCCAAGUCUUGGCCUCUUGUUGUUUUUUAAGUAUUUUAUUUAAUUAUUUUAAUAGUAUGGAAAAAUUGUAAUUUAAUGUGCUGGGGUUUAUUUGUAGUGGCUGAAAACGUUUAUUUAAGUGAGUCAGUUUGGUGGCACUAAGUAACUGUUAUACUGAGUGGUUAUAGGGAAGUCUUCCCUUCCUUAGAACCACCUCAGGUAUCUUCUCCAGAGGUAGCACUGGAGACAAUCCCAGCUCUCUUACUGCACCUAUGUUGCAGCCACCCCCAACCUAGUUCCCCUAGAUGUUUUGGACUACUGUCGGCUCCAGAUGGGCAGGGAUCAUCGGAAUGGUCCUCUCAGAACAUCUAGAGGGGCACUGUGUUGAUUGAAGGCUGCUGUACUGAGUAUAUCUCAAGUCUCUGGUUCAGAAAGGUUGUCUUUGUGUGAUACUUCAUUCCACCUAAAUUUUGUUAGCUUGUGGCUAUCGUGUCAUCAUGAAUUAUUUUCCAACAAACAUGACUGUAUCUUGAGCCUUUAAAUCACAAGUUUGUGUGUGUUGUCCAAGCCCCCUAAAACACAACAUGGUAUUUUUCAGUCUAAGAAUUCAGCUGCGUGCGAAUCUGAAGGCGGAAAUGCACACAUUGCGUGGAGUUCUUGGAUUCUUAGUUUGGAUCUUUUUCACAACACAACCACUGAUGCUACAAUUUGAAGUGACAGCUCAUCAUGUGAGGAGGGGGGCGGUGUCCUCUUAACCCUUUCCCUUUGUAUCAUGUUUUUGUGAAAACCGUGCCUUCCAGCCUGAUUCUACAACUCCCCCUCCAUCCCGCCCUGGUUCUACCCUUCUCCAUACAAAAUAUUUUUGCACACAAUAGGAGAUACUUUAGCACCGGGGGGGGGGGGGGAUGUGCAGGUUCGCAAGCUCCGCAUAUAUUAAGCAGCAAUCCACAAAUUAAAAGAAAAGGCCUCAUCUUUCUGCUUCUGCUGUAAGGUCCAAAGUGUGACUCAUGGCUCUCCCCUUCAGUAUCAUACCUGAAGGCCAUCUAUGGCUCAAAGAUAUUUCCAUGAAAGAGGUCUUGUGAGUUCAGCUUCUGCUCUUUAUGCUCAAGUAGGAAAAGGAGCCCAGCUAGCUUGCAACGGAGCUUCAAACACAGGAACCUACUCUUAAGAUGUAGAUAGAUUUGCUGGAGUUUCUGCUUUCACACGAGAGAAGCCUUAUGACCCUAUUAGCACUUCCAUAGCUCUUUUGAGAAACUGUGUGGGAUAGCUGCUAGAACCUACUGAUGGCAUGGUCAGGCCUGUUUAUGGUUUACUUUAGAAGCAAGCGGCCUGGAUCCAGGGAAAGUUUAUGCAAUGAGUUUUGACUGAAAUAUUGUAGCUUCCUUUUACUGCAAUGCCUUCAGAGAACAAAUGUGGGUAAUUUUCUUAGGGUACAGUCUUCAAAGGAGAUUGUAGGCCACUGCUAUCAGAGUGAAUGGGAAUGAAGCCAAGCUCUCAAAUGAAAGAGCAACCUCAUUCACUUCAAUGGGAGUGGCACAGAAACAGUUCUUGGCAGUCUAUAUCCUUGCUUUUCUAUGUCUACAUACAUACAGGUUUGUUUUAAGUAUACACAUAUACAGUACAUAUAUGCAGUUAUUUUAUGCAUAGCAUCAAUAUUAAAAAUGUUCAUGUACAGAUUGCUGUGUAAUUGGAAAUCUCACUCUGCUCUUAAGAGGGAAAAAUAUUUCUGUGUGCAGUUAAAAGGACUUGGCAUCAAAUUUGAAGUGGGUGUCUUGAGGUCUACCUAAGGAUGGCAGGGUGAAGGGAUUCCUAAGGCUGCGAUGUUCAACAUCCUUACUCAGAAAGCAGGAUGUCAGAGAGACCCAGUUCCACGUAACUGGGUGUACGAUUAGAGUAGCCAAAUUUAAUAGCAGAUCAGACAUUUCUAUGAUGUACUUGGUUUGCAAGCCUUGAGUUCAGGUUUAUGGUUUGCAGACCCACAACUUCAGUGGACUCCCGUUAGCUUGUAACUAACGAGAGCCAGUGUGGUGUAGUGGUUAAGAGCGGUAGACUCGUAAUCUGGGGAACCGGGUUCGUGUCUCCGCUCCUCCACAUGCAGCUGCUGGGUGACCUUGGGCUAGUCACACUUCUCUGAAGUCUCUCAGCCCCACCCACCUCACAGAGUGUCUGUUGUGGGGGAGGAGGGGAAAGGAGAUUGUUAGCCGCUUUGAGACUCCUUCGGGUAGUGAUAAAGCGGGAUAUCAAAUCCAAACUCUUUUUCUCUUCUUCUUCUAAGUAGGUAUUUAAUUUAAAUGAUCAUUUAGGCUGGAACUGUGGCAGAGCAUCCCUGGUGUGUGCAACAGGCACACACCAACAACACUCCUAAAACAUUGCAGGCACCAGCCGCGUGGCUGUAGCAGUCUGCAGUGCAGUCAUAUAGCAUGGAUGAGUUGAACGCACAGUUCAUGGUGGUUCCUACCACAUCCGUGUCUGAUCCAACGACUGACUAGCUUUGGGCAUGUGGAUUCCAAUGGGGGCACACAACUCCCUCUCUCCAGAGCAAAUGUGGACAGAGGAGCAUAAUUGGGACCUGCAUGUCAUACUUGACUUGCUGACCUGUACCCAAUUUAAAGCCAUAUUCAGUACCUUAAUUUGAGUUUGCAAGACAGGACUGAUUCCAAAGAGAGGAUGCUAUGAGCAAUGACUAUUGCAUCCUCUUGCUUCCUCUCUCUAGCAAAACCGUAGAGUUUUAGUUGAUCUCCCCAGUGGUUUCACAGCUGUGUUUCAUGUAACAAGAAACAUCGCCACAAUUUUGCACAGGUUUUCUAGUAAGAAGUUCCAACUCUUGAACUAUGUAGAAAAUUUGGAAGAGGCUUUGCAUACUGAAGGGACCCUGGAGAGCUACUUAGAUGAAUCAGUGGUCUGACUCAGUAUAAAACAGCUUCCUAAUUCAUUUUUGCGAGUCUUUGUUUGGAGAAUGAGUUGUAGGUCUCUACCCCACCCUACAAUACAAAAGCUAAUUUUGGCAGAGAUUGGAUGUUUGGUGGUAAAACAAGUCUUUUUUACACCGAUUUAUCUACAUGAAUCAAUCUCAGUUGUAGCUAGAAAAUUAAGUACCAUUGCAGAAUUUACAGUGGAAAAAAGUUAUCCCCACACCUCUCCUAAAGAUAUUGGAGCACUUUGGUUAGAACUGUGGCUGCUUAGCUAGUUGUAGACACUGUUACAUGCUGGGCAGUUAGGCAAGGCACUUAGGAGCUGGGUUUCUUGGUGCACUGAGGAUGUUUUAUUUAUGUGUUUCGUUUUCUGAAAGCAUUUGUCUGCUUCUUCACAUUGCAUUCUGCUCCUACCCCCACGUUUCACAAGCGCAGGAGGGAAAGUACUUGGGGAGGAACCAAAGUACUCAAGCCUGUCAGUCAGCUUUGCGAACAUAAUUACAUUCAUUUAUUUUGGCUCAUUGGCUUAUUUUGAACUUGCAUUAUGACCUUACGUUUACUCUUCCUCCUCUGUCGAGUUAGUCCAUGUGUGUGUGUGUGUCUCCCCCUCCUGUCACAACAACCCUGUAAGGCAGGCAUAUCUCCCCAGAUGUUGCUGCACUACAACUCCCAUCACACUUUACCAUUGGCAAAGGCUGAUGGGAGCUGAAGUCCAACAGCAUCUAGAUGGCCACUAGUUCCUCAUUCAGGCAUGGCAUUGUUUGCUCACUCCAGGUCGCCUCUUGGGCAGGAAUUUGAACCCAAGCCUCCCCAGCCCCAGUUCAAUGAGGUGUUCACUACCCCACACUAGCUUUGGGUUGAACAGAGCCACACCACCAUAUUAACACAAACUUGGGAGUCUGUAUUGGCUUAAUGAAAUCAGGAUUAAUACUGGUGGUGCAGCUUUUGCAUAAACAAUGACUUGUUGACUGGCUCUCUUGGCAUUGCUCAAGCUGUGAGAUUAGGAGGUGCUCAGUAGAUGCUUUGACUUGACAAUGACACUCCAUAUGGCCAUCUCAUCAAAUAAAUAUUAACAUGAUGAUGGCAUAGCAUUGUGGCUAGUGCCAUCAUUGACGGUUUCAGAAUUUGGAAAUGGUGCUAGGCAAGAUCAUACAUACACAAGGUCUUAGAAACCAUUGUUCAUAAUUGAAACCUUUUUUUUAAAAAAAAAUCUCUCUCCCCCCCUCCAUUUAUACAAAAUAGGCACAUGGCAGAUGAAAUGUGGAGAUGCAAAGCAUUCUGAACCAGAAUACAAAAUGUUUUUAGAUCAAGGGAAGGGAUUGGAGUGUGUUCAGCUGCAAGCACAGAGUGUCUCUUCAUGUGGUAUUUAUUAGUCAUACUUGAAAUCUUAAUUUCAUCUGUUCCUGGUUCAUAUUGAAACUUCUGCUAGUUGUUGUUUUUAAAACUGAAAGCCAGUUGAACCAGCCUUUGGAAUGGGAAUAGCACACUGUAAAAAUUCUUAAUAAUGGGCUGGUGUGUGUGAGGCUCACCAGUAGAAUGAGCUCUACUUGUGAAGGCGGCUUGUUUAGUCUUGUGAGCUGCUAGGAAUUUCUCCUGUGCGCCCUCCAUUGAACUGAAUGAUAUUUGUAUGUGGGAGAAGACCCACAGCUCAUUGGUAGAGUGCAUGCUUUGUCUUCAGAUGGUCCAAGAUUCAACCCCUGCUAUCUCAGAUAUGCAGCAGGUGCUGUCAAAGACCUUGGAGAGCUGCCACCGAUGAUAAUAGACCAAACUGAGCCAGAUGAGGAAAUCUACCUGAUUAGGUAUAAGGCAGCUUCCUUUGUGCAACUCUCUUUCUCUAUGGGGCUGGCAAGAAAGCUUCUAGGUCAAGGAAUGAUGUAAACAUAGUGUCAGUGCAUCUCUUCUAUUAACUAGCAGUAAAUGAAUGGCUCCCUCAUAGACCCAAUGAAGCCCCAACCAGCUUUGAAAAUGCACAAGCCUGUCAGGAACUGGAUUAAUGUGUUAAUAAUUCAGUGUGUAUAAAAGGGCUGGGCAGUAGAUCAAUAUAUCAUCCAAAUCCAGUUUGAAGUCCAUAUUGUGAUAUCAGUUUCAUAAUUUUUGACAUGGCAAUAUAUUGUGAAUUUUGUGUGUGUGUGUGUGUGUGUGUGUGUGAGAGAGAGAGAGAGAGAGAGAGAGAGAGAGAGAGAGAGAGAGAGAGAGAGCUGCCUCAUGCAGAAGGCAGCAAAUCACAAGAGCAGGCACCAGCAAAAAUCACAAUGCAGGAAAAAUCAUGAAGCCAGCCUAUGCCUCUAUAGCUGUAACUGCAUCCUUACUUCAGACAUCAUGAUAUAUUGGUAUAUCGUGAUGUGUAGCUGGUGAUAUAUCAUGAUGCUGAAAACCAGAUAUCGCCCAGCCCUAGUGUAUAAACAUCGUUUCGCUUGUCUCAGAAAUCUUAACGUUUGAACUGGCAUGCACAAUAUGGAGAAUGCAUCCCACCCCCCGCAGAGCCUCUCCAUAGUUUGCUCUCAAUUUUCUCAACCUGUGCCCCUCCAGCUGCUAUUGGACUGCAACACCCAUCAUCCCUGCCCAUUGGCCACACUGGCUGGGUGCCUCUGAAUCUGUAAGGCAAUUGGAAACAAAUGGCAGCUGGUCCACUGGAUGGUCGUGUGUGUGUGUGUGUGUGUGUGUGUGUAGAGGAGAGUCCAUACAAAUUUAAGGGCUCCUACUUUUACUUGAUGCCAUUUCGCCCGUUUCUCAUUUCCAGGUCUUCUGAUAAUGACAGAUGAUGUCUGGAUCAUGUUGAUGAAGGAUAUGUUUUAUUUAAAAAAUGAAAAGAGUUGCUAUAAGGGCAUGCAAACAGUGGGUUUUUCUCAAGUGAAAAAGACCUCUCAGCAAUCUGUGCCAGAGCAAGAACUGUUGCUCUUACUGAAUUAGAGCUCCUUCCUUUCCCCACCUGUUGUUUUUAUCCCUAACAUGCUUUUCUUAUUAUGGGAGGAUCCUAGCAGGUAACCUGAAUGCCUGGAAAAAAUGAGUAAGAACAUUUGCAGAUGUUCCUGGAUAGUUUCUAUCUUUAGGAUGCUUUUGCUAUGGGUACCCAGCCAGAUGGGUGGGGUAUAAGUAAUAAAUUAUUAUCAUCCGUUCUUCUUCAACUUCGGUGAAAUUAUCUCAUAAAGCAGACCGCAACACUUACUGACUUUCAAAGCUGAUGGAAAACUGUUGCAAAUUGCACCUUCUAAUGCACCAUAGAAAUUUGAUUUAUCCACAAGGUUGCUGUAAUUUAGCUGAAAAGGGGCCCUUAGCACCAAGCUUCGGAUGGGUGGUGGUCUGCUUUUGUAUUGGGGAAAGAGGGUGGGGUUGGGCUAACUUACAAACUAGGUGAAGAAAAAAUGGAUUCUUUUUGUACUUUUGGUAAAACUUUUUGAAGAGGAAAAAGCUGAAGGUGCUGGUGCGGGUGAAUGCCAGUUCUCCUUUGGCCAGAGGGAACUGGCACCUGCUACGAUGGCACUCGCUCCUUUUCAGCAAUGACGCC